UGCACGAGCGCACGACGGAGCGCUUGUCCCAGACUCUUGUUUUAUUUUUAUUUUUUUGGGAGGCGGCCUGGAGAAGAGACUUUCAGCCGUGAGCGUUGCCGUGCCAUGGCCCCCAUGCGUGCGGGCAUCGCGAUGGGUGAAAAUCGAACAGUCUCCAGGGAACGUCAGCAAUAAAAACAAAAUGAGGUCGGAAAUCUUCCGCGAGUGCCAUCCAGCAUAUAAUCCUUUGACGUUUUCGGGCAGGCCUCGAAGGACUCACAAUGAGCGGUGCCUUUCAGAGAGCGUCGUAUUCUUUUUAAACAAGCCGGAGAUACAGUUGAAAGACCACAAGGAGAGCUUUUGGACGUAAAAGGUCAACCAGCGCGAUCACAGUCCUACUAGGACCCUUUCCCCGCGUUUUAUAUUCACCCUCGUCCUGAGAGACGUUGAAGUAGCGAAGAGAGAAAGAAAAAAAAAAAGGACCUCGUUCAGGAAGCCCAGCAGAGGCUGAAGACAUACCGAUGGAAUCGACGGGGCCCGUAAGAACCGACGUCUUGAUUUCCGGCAGCGGCAGCGCUGGCCUCUGCGCGGCGCUGUGGCUGGCGCGACUCAAGAUUCCGUACGUCGUUCUCGAGAAGAGAGACGGCCCUUUGAAGAUUGGACAGGCGGAUGGAGUUCAGUGCCGAACAGUAGAGGUCUUCGAAAGCUUCGACUUGGACGGCGAGUUGGUCAAGACCGCGUACUGGGUCACCGAAGUGUGCUUCUGGAGCGCCGAUGACAGUCAGACGAGCGGGCAUGGCUCAGGAGACCGCAUAAUGCGGACAGGACGCACCGCCGACGUGCCGCCGGGACUUAGUCACAAGCCGCACGUCAUCAUGAAUCAGGCCCACCUGAACAAGCUGAUGCUCGGCGACAUGGAGAAGCACGGUGGUCGCAACGUGGACUACAACCUCGCCGUGAAAAGCGUCGAGAUGGACGGGUCCGAGCCGGAGUACCCCGUCCGCGUGGUGGCGGAGCGUGACGGGAAGGAAGUCGAAUACAGGGCCAAGUACGUGCUCGGCUGCGACGGGGCGCACAGCGCGGUGCGAAAGUCACUUGGCUACAGGAUGAUCGGCGACACGACGGACGCCGUCUGGGGCGUCAUGGACAUCUUUGCCGACACAGACUUCCCCGACAUACGGAAGAAGUGCGUGAUCCGGUCCAAGGCUGGGAAUCUCCUCAUCAUCCCGCGCGAGGGCGACUACAUGGUGCGCUUCUACCUGGAGCUCCAGCCGGGCACGCAAGCGAAGCAGGUCAAGCUCGAGGACCUGCAGGUGACGGCGAAGAAGAUCCUGAGCCAGUACAGGCUCGAGAUCAGACACACGUUCUGGUGGUCGGCGUACUCGAUCGGCCAGCGCCUGGCCGAGUAUUUCUCAAAGGACAACCGCAUCUUCCUCAUGGGCGACGCUUGCCACACGCACUCGCCCAAGGCCGGCCAGGGCAUGAACCUCAGCCUUCAGGACGGCUACAACAUGGGCUGGAAGCUGGCUCACGUGCUUCGGGGCGUCUGCUCCGCCGACCUCCUGAGGACGUACAAUCUCGAGCGCGAGAAGACGGCCAGGGACCUGAUCGACUUUGACCGCGAGCUGACGGGCCUGUUCAAGUCCGCUCACGACAAGGGCAUCAAGGACGCGGCGCUGCAGUUCAGCGAGCACUUCAAGAAGUCGCUGCGCUACACGGCCGGCUUGACGACCACGUACGAGGAUUCGAGCAUCACAAACGCGGCUGGCAGCGCGCCCACGCUCGCGAAGAACGUGACGGUGGGGAUGCGACUGCCGAGCGCGCAGGUCGUGCGCUUGAGCGAUGCAAAGGCGGUGCCGCUGGCCAAGCUGCUGCAAUCGAACGGACGGUGGCGUGUCGUGGUAUUUGCCGGCAAUCCCUUGGUCGCCGACAUGCUUUCAAGGCUCGAGAGAUUCGCUUCCGAGCUCGCCUCCGCCGGCCACAGCCACGAGCUAGUUGAGCCCAUUCUCGUGCUCAGCGGGUCGCGAACCGCCAUCGACGACGCCGUGGUCGAGAAGAGAAUUCAAGUUCCCGCCGUAUUCAAGCCAAGGGAAGGCGAGUAUUCGCUGGCCUAUCACCACAAAAUCGUCGUCGACGACGAGAGCUACAACUACGGCCACGGCCACGCCUACGACUUCCUUGGCGUUGACCCAAGCAAAGGCGCCGUAGUCACCGUCCGGCCCGACCAGUACGUCUCCAUGAUCUCGAGCCUGGACGAGCCGGGACGCGUCGUGGAUUUCUUCGCUGGCGUAUUUCGGGCCGAUAAUUAGCCCGUCACCGUUGCGCCUGAUGUCCGGGCCGGUCGGGUCAGCCUAAAUGGAAGUGCUGGGUGGUGUUAUUGCGUUCAGCGCCGGCGACGAGGGUGUGCCAUGAUGUAAAAUAUUAAAGAGCUCAAAAGGGAGACUGGACAUGAGCGUGGAUAGAGUCUUGGCUCAAUUUUCGGUCGGAAUACAUUCGCGACGCGAGGUUGACGUUGAUGAUGGUAAUGAUGAUGAAGCAGCAUAUACGCUGGCCGUCGUCGAUCAAUUCACGAUUGUCUGUCUGUCUGAAAGGGAGGUUAAGCGACAUAUUCGUAACCGAGCUCGCCGCAGAGCUUAUCCAGCGCUACUUCUAUCCAAGCACAUUCCCACCAGGUUUACGCCGUUCGAUACGUGAGGUGCUUGCUCAUUCUAGGAGAGGAAAGACCACAGCGGUCUAUCAGCGUUGAAUUUAGCAUGUCAAUUUUUUCCUAAAAAACUGAUCUCUAGUUCCUGU